AUGCAAUUCUCUAUCCCCACAAUCAUUGUAGCUCUCCUUGCUACUUCCAUCGCAGCAACAUCAACUGACAGGAGAGCUACAAUGAUCGUGGGGAAAAUUUGUACGUAACGCCACUUGUUCAAGUCCUUCAUAAAAAGAUAUAUAUGUACUAACGAAUCUCUUUACAGUGUUGCGACCAAUGCGUUGGCGCCUGCAAGGGCCUGGCACCUGUACAAAGCCGAAUACCAAUUUUGAUACUACCGCACAAUACUGCUCCUGGCAAUGUGGACCGGAUGCCAAAUGCUGA